UUUGACGGCCUAUAUGAAUGUCUUGGUCAGAUUGAAGGACCAUGUCCACCACCCUUCUUCACUACCCUCUGCAAGAUCCAACCUUUCUUUCAAUUGUUUUAGCCCCAUGCACAUUCCCCCCUCUCAGCUUAUGCUUUCUACUCCCUAGUCCCUACUCCCAACCCUUCAUGGCCUUCAAACCCAAUUAAAGUUUUUACAUGUUGGGUGGAGAGGAUACCAGCAAGGACCGCCCCGUCGCUCACAGGAGAACGCAUUCCUGGGCGGAGCGGACCCGGAAGCCGCCGCGCCCGCUUCAGCCGCUUGCCAUCGACAGGCGCACCGGCGUGGCGGACUGGCCGAGCGCGGGCUGCGACGAUGUCGGAGAGUGGCUGCCGCCGGCGACGCCAAGAGGGUCGACGAAGCUGUGCCCAUCCGAUUCGGGGGGCAAGGUAUUCCAGUUCAAGAGGGACAAGCUGGCGUUCUACGACAAGGAAUGUUCUCGCAUCGCGGAGCACGUGUACCUCGGCAGCGACACGGUGGCGAAGAGCCAGGAGCUUCUGCGGCGGCACGGGAUCACGCACGUGCUGAAUUGCGUGGGGUUCGUGUGCCCCGAGUAUUUUAAAACGGACUUCGUGUACAAAACCCUCUGGCUCCAGGACAGCCCCUCCGAGGACAUCACCAGCAUUCUCUACGACGUCUUCGAUUACUUCGAGGAUGUCCGGCAGCAGGGUGGCCGCGUCCUCGUACACUGCUGCCAGGGCGUGUCGCGAUCCACUUCCCUUGUCAUCGCCUAUCUCAUGUGGAGGGAAGGCCAAAGCUUCGAGGACGCCUUUCACUACGUCAAAAACGCGCGUGGCGUCACCAACCCUAACAUGGGUUUCGCCUGCCAGCUCUUGCAGUGUCAGAAGAGGGUGCAUGCUAUGCCGGUGAGUCCUAGCUCUGUUCUCAGGAUGUAUAGGAUGGCCCCGCACUCUCCUUAUGACCCUCUCCACCUUGUUCCCAAGACCGUUUACCACCCUUCCCCACGCGCUCUUGAUUCGCGUGGGGCUUUCAUUGUUCAUGUUCCCUCCGCUAUCUAUGUCUGGGUUGGGAAAGAGUGUGGCUCCGUCAUGUCUUGCAAUGCCAAUUCCGCCGCUGCUCAGGUUGUUCGUUAUGAGCGAGCCACUGGGAAGCUUUUCAGUGUGGUGGAGGAUGAUGAGCCUAAGGACUUUUGGGUUGCGCUUUUGAACAACCACGUGUUGGGGGAGAAUGAUGAUGGUGAGGACAAAAUGGAGCUAGUUCGCCCCCGGAGGGUUGAGGACUAUGAUUUGGAUUUCGCCAUUUUUCAUAAGGCGCUUGCUGGUGGGGUUGUUCCGCCUUUCGCUUUGUCCAAUGCUGGAUCGGAGAAUUGCCUUCCGGCUAGGGAGAAUGGUUGGGGGAGAUUGACAAGGAAGCUUGCUAGUGGUAUCAUGAAAGGGUUGUUCACAUCUUCUAAGUGCUGUGAGUCGGGUGUGAACAAUGUGGAAGAGGAAGUUUACCUUAAGAAUGUUGAUUCUGUGCCACUGCCAAAGGAUAAUGUUCAAGUGAUGGACCACUUUGUUGUUGCUGGUGUUGGUUCGGCAGCACUGCCACCAUCUCCUCGUGCGUUUGCUUGUUUUCUAAGGAACAGCCCCAAAUUGAGCUCCCAGUCGCCAACAAUUUCGCCCAACAGUUCUGAUUGUGCCAGUUCCUUUUCAUUUUCGCCGUCAUCCACUGACUUUUCGCUCCUGUCUCCUCGGCUGCCAUCCCCUUCCGGCGUGGAAUCAGUUGAACCCUUUUAUGUCAAAGAUGCACCUUCCUCUGAGAGUUGUGCUUUACUUCAGACCAAAGCUGUGUCUUCAUCCUCAGAGGAGGCGCUUUUGGCUAAUGACACCUUGGUAGGGGCAAAGUCCAUUUUGCCGCGCAAAGGAUCUUACCCUUCCAUUGCCGAGCGCAGAGGGAGUAAGCCGCCCCCCAUGUUGCUGCCCUCAGCCAGCGAGUCGUCCCGUGCCAGCAAGAUCAGGGUAAGAUCCGGAUCAUUCUCAUUGGCUGCCUCGAAUGAUACUUUGAUGGAGGAUGUUGUUGCAAGCAAUCUGACCCGGAAAACAGGGGAAGAUAGCUAAUAUGAGGUGUUGGUAUCAUUAGUACCGCUGUUGAGACUGAGGUUAAUGGCAGAGGAUCAUUGUAGUAGGUUAAUGGCAGAAAAAACUGUCAUCUAAGAUAGGUUAUUUAUGUUUUAAGUAGAACAAGAGUUAUAAGAGAAAGUUAACUUGAUUAUAAUCGUUCAGUCCCUUCCUGUAUAGAUUUAGCCAUAGUUUGGCUCAAAUGAUAUGUUUUUGGAGGUGAACUUUCACUCCUCUUUGAAUAUUGGUGCAUGCCUGCAAUGUCUAGGCUUAGCAAUAAUAACCACACAAGUAUGCAGGCAAUGCACCGGUAGAAUCUUAAAGUUCACAAGAAUUAUCAAAUUUAAAUGAAUAUAAAGUCUAUUUUUCUCUUCA